AUGAGAAAUCUCUGUUUUUCGCCAAAAUCUUCGUCUUCUUCUUCAUUUGUAACAUCUCACUUUCCUUCACCCUGCCGAAUUGGGCUAUCACCUUCUCGGCCGAGUUUCUCUGAGUCAGUAAUGGACAAGACUUUAGAAAUGGCGGAACCAAUGAUCGUAAAAUGGAACCCGGAAUCCACUACUCUUGCCAAAGUCACUUCUCUGUUUUACGAGAAUCGUAAGGAGGCACGGGACUUCAUCGAAUCUGUGAAUAAUCUCCAGAAGGCCAUGCACUUAGUUGCAGGAGAUUCGAAUUCGGAAAAAUUAGUCCGUUGCCAAAUGCUAAUGCAAAUUGCCAUGAAAAGACUCCAGAAGGAGUUUUAUCAGAUUUUAUCCCUGAAUAGAGCUCAUUUGGAUCCGGAAUCUGUUUCGACUCGGUCCUCCUGUAUCUCAACUCGAUCAAGCACCUCUGACUAUAAUGACGAUGAGGACGAUGAUAAGAUAGUGAUCGAGUCCAUAUCUGAAGUUGAAGAUGCCUCAAGUAUUGCAAUGGCUGAUCUUAAAUUGAUAGCCGAGUGCAUGAUUUCUUCUGGUUAUGCAAAAGAGUGCAUAAAAAUUUACAAAAUUAUUCGAAAAUCUAUAGUCGAUGAAGGUAUUUAUCGGCUCGGGGUGGAAAAAUUUAGUGCUUCACAAAUUCAUAAAAUGAAUUGGAAUGUUUUGGAUUUGAGAAUUAAGAAUUGGCUUAAUGCUAUGAAGGUUGCAGUCAAAACUCUAUUCAAUGGAGAAAGAAUCCUCUGCGAUCACGUUUUUGCGAGUUCAGAUUCGAUCAGAGAGUCGUGUUUCACCGAGAUUUCUAAAGAAGGGGCGAUGAUUUUGUUCGGAUUUCCAGAAAAUGUGAUGAAAAACAGCAAGAAAUCGCCGGAUAAACUGUUUCGAGUACUCGAUAUGUACACCGGAAUCUCCGAUCACUUGCCGGAGAUUGAUUCCAUAUUCUCCUUCGAUUCAACGGAUAGUGUCAAGUUCCAGGCUCUGACGUCACUCGUCAGGCUCGGCGAGUAUGUGCGGACGGCAUUGAAUGAAUUCGAAUCCACCAUCCAGAAAGAUUCUUCUAAAUCUCCGGUGGCCGGUGCCGGAAUUCACCAUCUCACAAUUGAUGUGAUGAAUUACUUGUCAAUCCUUGCCGAUUAUAGCAAUAUUCUUUCAGAUAUACUGGCCGACUCACCACAACCUCAGAAGAAUUCAUUGCCAGAGAAAUCUCUAUUCGGAUUCUCCGACGCAGAGGAAUAUCCGACGCCAGCAAUUUCUCUCAAAUUCGCUUGGCUUAUACUCGUUCUCCUCUGCAAACUCGACAUAAAAGCAGAGUAUUAUAAAGAAAUUUCCUUCUCUUACUUAUUUUUAGCCAAUAAUCUUCAAUACAUAGUUGCGCGGGUAUGGACAUCUAAUCUCAAAUACAUCCUCGGAGACGAAUGGUUAUCGAAACAUGAAUCCAAGGUCACACUAUUUUCGUCAAACUACGAGCGGCUAGGAUGGAGCCAUGUCAUCGACUCUCUCCCAAAGAAUCCAACGGUUGGGAUUUCUCUCGACCAAAUCAAGGAAAUUUUCAAGAAUUUUAAUUCGUCGUUUGACCAGGCAUACCAAAAGCACUCUUUGUGCAUCAUAGCAGAUAGAAAACUCCUAGACGACAUAAAGGCAUCGAUAAGCAAGAAGAUUGCACCGGUUUAUCGAGAGUUCUAUAAUGCACAUUCGGCUAAAAUGAAGAGUAGAAGAAAUUUGACACACGUAAUCAAAUUUGCACCCGAGAAUGUGGAAAAUCGCCUCUCGAAUCUAUUUUUUGGAACAGUCGAGUAG